GCCGUGUUUUCCGGGCCGGGACAAAGGCUCUGUCCCUCGGGACUUCCUGCCCGGCUCCCCCGCCUCCCUCUGCGCUUCAGAGGACGUGGUUCCCGGGGCGGCGGGCGGCGGGCGGCGGGGCGCUUUCUCCGCCUGUGUUCCUCCUCUUACCGGUGUCAGAACGCGUCGUGCUUUACUCGGCGUCUCCCGCCCGCUGUCCCUCAUUCGUUAUUCGUCGUGUUUUUCCUGAGCCCGUGUCCACACCCGUGUCCGUGGCCGCGUGCGCCCUGGGUCUCCAGAUAACCCAUUGGAAAUGCACGUGAGAGCCCCAGCCGCGACUUCCGCUCCGGAAACUCGGUGUGCGGGUCCGCGGUCUGCGUGUUGGCGGCCCUUCCAAGUGAUUGUACUGCGGGCGUGUCCCAGGUCUUGGUGGUCAGAGCUCAACUUGCCGGCGUGACGUUACAUUUCCGGAGGAAGGACACCGGUCGUUGUUCUGUUGAGGCCCAGUGCCCGGCUGGCAGUUGUGCUUCACCGAGGCGGGGGCCCGACGUUCGGAUCACCCACUUCUCUGUCUUGUUGUUUGACAUACUUCUCUCCAGAUCCAGAGGCUCCCCAGCUUUUCUGGGAGUCCAGUUUCCACCUUUGUUGCAGAUUCCACUGUUUACAGUAGGAAACAGCUUAUUAGUCCAUCUGUAACAGAUGAUAGGCACUUUAAUUUUUUUUAAACUGUAAAAUAAAAGUCUCCUACCUCUGGGGUUGAUGCUAGUUUGGGACUUUUCAAAUUUCCUGUUCAUGCCUGACACCAGUGGACCCCGCAUGUGGUGCAGAACCAGGCUGCAAAGCAGGGGCCGGUAUUCCCCUCACCCUGAGAGAAGGAGCUUGCGGUUCCAUCCUGGGAGGCAUUAUCCUCACUCCUUGGGAGGUCCUUGUGGUUUACUUUUUCCUCUUGUUCUGUGACAUUGCUAAAAUUGCCUCUAAGUUUCACAGUCGUUUCUUCAGAAAUGCGGAUGAGUGUGGUAAACUCGAGUGUGUGCUCCAUUUCGGGGGUGCUGCUGCUGUCGGCUACAGCCCUGGUGACCACGGAGACAUUCUUGUCAAAUCGUGUUAAAAUAGGCUGGUGUAUUAAGGAAAAUAUGUAUUCCUAGUAAACAUAAGGGAACUGUCGCCACCAUUCAUAAAGUGUUGUAAGGUGGUAAGAAUUUUUACAGCCAAAGCUGAAGUCCACGUUCACAGUGUAUAAUCCUUUGUAUCUCAGGACAAAUCACAUAGAUUUUUUUUUCCUUUUCUCUGAUUAUACAAUAAAACAAAGCACCCGGGCUCUUAGUUAUAAUGUUAACAGUUACUCAGAAUCCUGAAAACUGCUGUGGCACUGCUCGAAUACACUGCCCCACCCUCCACAGUGGGAUUCAUUUCACUCCUUGGUCAGGGCCUUUGGGGGCAUGGGUGCUGGUUGUGCGGAUGCCCGUGUGUCAUUUCAGGGGUCAGUGACAUUCAGAGACGUGGCCAUAGACUUCUCCCAGGAGGAAUGGGAAUGGCUUCAGCCUGCUCAAAGAGAUUUGUACAGACAUGUAAUGUUGGAGAACUUUGGCCACCUGGUCUCAGUGGCAGGUCUUAACAUUUCUAAGCCAGAUGUGGUUUCCUUGUUGGAGCAAGGGAGAGAACCCUGGCUGGGGAAAGGAGACAUGAGCAGAGGUCUGUUUCCAGCUUCAGAGUCAAACGCUGAGAUCAGAGAGUUUUCUCCAGAGAAUGUCCUGUGUGAAGAUGACUCAUCCCGGUGCUUGAUAAUGGACAGGUUUCUAAGCCGAGGCUUGGAGUGUUCCAGUGUUAAAGGAGACUGGAAACGUGAGGGCGAUGCUGAGGUGCUGCAGGGAAAUCAGGGAUGUGUCAGGCAGGUGACAGUUCCCCAUCAAGAAGCCCUGUCUCAUCACAUGCGUGUUGGUACUGUGGAGAGACCCUAUGGCUGCCAGGAAUGUGGGAAAACUUUCAGUCGGCGCUUUUCCCUUGUGCUACAUCAGAGAACUCAUACUGGAGAGAAACCAUAUGUGUGUAAGGAGUGUGGCAAAACCUUUAGCCAGAUCUCAAACCUUGUGAAACAUCAGAUGAUCCAUACUGGAAAGAAGCCCCAUGAGUGUAAAGACUGCAGUAAAACAUUCAGUUACCUUUCAUUCCUCAUCGAACACCAGAGAACACACACUGGGGAGAAACCGUAUGAAUGUACCGAGUGUGGGAAGGCCUUCAGCCGCGCCUCAAACCUCACUCGACAUCAGAGAAUUCACAUGGGAAAGAAGCAGUAUGUGUGUAGGAAAUGUGGGAAGGCCUUCAGCAGCGGCUCUGAGCUCAUUCGCCAUCAGAUCACACACACGGGGGAGAAGCCGUACGAAUGCAUCGAGUGUGGGAAGGCGUUUCGUCGUUCCUCGCACCUCACCCGACAUCAGAGUGUCCACGCCUCCAAAACCCCCUAUGAAUGUGGUGAAUGCAGCAAAGCCUUCCGCUGCCACUCGUUCCUCAUCAAACACCAGAGGAUUCACGCCGGAGAAAAGCUCUUCGAGUGUGACGAGUGUGGUAAAGUUUUCACGUGGCAUGCGUCCCUUGCGCAGCAUAUGAAGAUCCACACUGGAGAGAAACCCUAUGCGUGUGCUGAGUGUGACAAAACCUUUAGCCGGAGCUUCUCCCUCAUCCUACACCAGAUAACUCACACUGGGGAGAAACCCUACGUAUGUCAGGUCUGCAGUAAAUCCUUCAGCUGGAGCUCAAACCUUGCCAAACACCAGAGAACACAUACUCUAGAGAACCCCUAUGAAUACGAAAACUCAUUUAACUACCACUCAUUCCUUACUGAACGCCAGGGAAUUCACACUAUAGAGAAAACCUAAGAAUGUAUGGAUUAAGAAAAAAAAAGCAGCUAAUGCCUUACUCUGACUUCAGAGACCUCUUGGGAAGAAGCCUUAUGUUAAUGUGUUGAAUGGGACGAAACGUGGCCUGUAAUUUAUUCAACAUCCUGGAGAAAAACUCCAGGAAUAUGUGGGAAAGCCAUUAAUAGCUGCUUAUUCUUUUUGUAAUACCAGAAGACGAAAUCAGUCAACAUUGAGAAGACUCUUCCUUUGGUAGGAUUCCUUUAAUCUACAUUUGUGAAUUCCUACCAGGAAAGGAUACAUGUCUAGUAAAUGGGAGAAAGCUCUUAGAGACGAGGUCUUGUUCUGCUCAAGCAGGAUAGAACGCAUGGGUACAAGUGUAUUUUUUCCUAGACAUCAAAAAGCUCGUAACAAAGGAAUGUCAUACAGUCAUUUGGGAAUGCCUUUGUGUACCACGCAGUGUUUAUUAAAUUUUUACAUACUCUUCUAAGAAAAAGCAACCCUAUAAAUGAACUUAACACAGGGCGAUCUUCUGCAGUAUUUCAGAUGUAUAGAAUCAUACUAGUUGAAAACUUCUGUUACAGUGAAUGUGGCAAAGCUUACAGUUCUGAGAAGUUGAAGUGGAGAGAAUCGGUGUGGGCAAGUUUUUCUGGGGGGAGGGGCUUUUUUUUUAAGCAAAUUCAGAAAAGCUAUGAAUAAAUCUUUUGAUUUAUAGUAA